GCGGCGGGUCCCAGCGCGGCCGCGAGCGCCAUGGUCUCCCGGUUCUCCGAAGCCUCUCGAGCCGCCCUGCCCUCGCCAUGCUGCGCCUGCUGCCAUGGCUCCGUGCUCUGACCCGGGAGAGCGUGCGGCCCGGAGUCCUGCAGGGCCUGGCUGCUGGUGACAGGAGCGGGGCCGGGAUGUAUCCCACCUGCUACUGUGCAGGCAAAGCGAAGCAGCGGGCUGUGCUGCUCCCCCUGGACCCCUACGGCCAUGGGCUGCUGCACACCUUUCCCCCGGACGCCUACAGGACUCGAGGCCAUGGCAAGAGGAAGAGCUGGAACUUCAUCCACGAGAAGAUGAGUUAUGACACCUUCUUCACAAUGAAGCGUCUGAUCGAGCGCUCGCGCAGCGUGGGGGAAGUGCUGCGGUGGGUCACGCAGAACCCCAGCAAGGUGUCCGCCAGCCACUACCCCAUCGCCCUGCACAAGCUGGGCCAGCUCUUGCAGCAGCAGCAGCAGCAGGGCCAGGCCACGGUGAACGGGGAGAGCCGCGGGCCCAGCCAGAUGCUGGAGCAGCCGGAGUUUCAGACUCUCUGUCAGGCCAUCAUCAGCGGCUGCUCCAAGUUCGAUAACUUCAGCAUUGUCAACUGCCUGUACGCCGCUGCCGCGCUGGGCCUGCCCGGGGAAUCGCCGCUGGUGCGAGUGCUGGAGGACGAAUCCCGGAGCCGCCUGGGCCGCUUCAACCAGAAGGACGUCUCCAUGGUCUUCAGCAGCGUGAUGAGGCUGCACCCGUCCAGCCCCCACCCCCUGGUCGAGUCCUGCCUCAGCAGCUUGGAGCGGCACCUGGAGAAGGAACGCCACCCCCAGACCCUCUUUCUGCUCCUCUCCUACUACCGGCUGCGGGCGCAGGCGCUGCAGGGACACCCGGCCUCCGACCAGCAGCUGAUCAACAACCGCAAGAUCCUGCGCCUCGUCAGGCACACGCUGGGGCAAGUGAGUGCCAUGCGGGAGCACGAGCUGGCCCUCUUGGACGAGAUGCUGGCUCUGUGCGCCCAGGAGGCGAACAACAAGGCCCUGGAGGCCAUCUUCAGCUCUCAGCUCUUCUACGAGAACCGCCAAGAGCGAUUCAUCCGCAGUAUGGCAGAGUGGCUCCCCAGGAAGGCAGAGAACCUUACCCCCUACACCAUGGCCCUCAUUGCCAAGUAUGUGGCCCGGCACCGGCUGCGUGAGCCACGGCUGCUCGAUACCAUCGCAAACUUUCUCCUGAAGCGUGGGGAGCAGCUUGACAGCAAGGUGAUCCAGAAGCUGGUGUUUCCCUUCAGCCGCAUGAAUUACCGCCCAUCCAACCACAGCGAGCUCUUCCCCAAGCUGGAAGCCAUCCUGGAGCAGAAAGCCGGCAGCUCACCCCUGGCGACCGUCAACAUCCUCAUGUCCAUGUUUCAGCUUAGCCAUUUCCCCCAGACCGUCCUGCACCAAGUCUUCUCCCCAGCCUUCAUCACCAAUGUUAUGAGCAGCCCCUACGCGCUGAUCGUGCGCCGCUACCUCUCGCUGCUGGACGCGGCGGUGGAGCUGGAGUUCCGCGAUUACAGCGGCCCGCGCCUCGACCCACGCUACCGCGUCCUCAUGUUCGAGCACGCCCUGACGGCCGACGAGGCCAACAGAAAGUACAGUUACAAGGGGCUGGUGGCCGAGGCCCUGCGGCAGCUGGUGGGAGAAGAGUGCUAUCGGCAGGACGAGGUGCUGCCCCCAGGAUACUGCACAGACUUCCUGCUGUGGAUUAACCGCUCGGGCACUGUGCUGCCUCUCUCCCGUGUUCCUGCGGCUUCCAAAGCUCCCUCUGCCCACACUACAACGUCCCCUGCCACCAUUUCCUUGCGCUCGAGCGUCCUGGCCCUCACCUCGGACUUGCAGGACUUUGCCCCAUUUGCUCCAGAGACGCCAAGCAGCCCCCCGGGCUCCCGGGAGAAUAACCUGGCCGGGCGGUUCCUGGCCACGCUUUGCCCUGCCCCGGGGGCCCCUGCUACCAGCCCCCCUCGGACUAUUACUGCGGCCAGCAAAGAGUCUUCCCUGGAGAGCCAGGGCAGCUCCACGUUAAGCAGCCCUUCCGAGUGCCUCUCCGCGCAGCCGGCUGGCACGCCUGACUGCUCCCCCAGGGGCACCUCCGCAGCCACCCUCUUCCAGUUCCCCAUCGGCAAGAUUCUGGAGGAGGAGGAGGAGGCUACCGCCGGCUGCCCUGGGCACGAUCACAACUGCUUCCAGGGGGAGCAGGCCCAGGAGGAACCGGAGGAAAGGAGCCCACCCCCCAGCGAGGACGCCUGCCCUCCGCCCUCUCCGUGCCGGCCCAGCCCCAAGCGAGGGCCGGGCGAUGGGCCGCAGGGAGCUGAAGAGAUUCAGAGGGUGGUGCUGUCGGUCAAUGACAAAUGGCAUUACUGCCAGAACUCCGACAUACUGGUGGGCUCACGAGCCAUGAGGGACAGGCACUUGCGACUGCUGGGCUACUGUCUGGUUCAGGGGAUGAGCGGCGGGGGCCGGCGCCAGCCCCACAGACCCUGCUCGGGGUGCUUCUCCGUCCUGAGCGAGGAGAGAGCCAGGAGGGAGGACGAGGAACCGGCCCAGCUCGCGCGACACGCCGGCAGCGUCCCGCUGCCGCGACAGGAGGCGCUGAGCGCCCGGACGGCGCGGCGAGGAGCGGUGCCGGUGGUUGGGCGCAGCCCCACAUCAGGAAAGAGCCGGGGGUCUGGCCACCCCCAGGCCGUGCCGUGGGGCCUGCCCGCCCCCUCUCAGCCCUGA